AUAAAGUACCUAUCUAUCAAACUGUGGUCAUAACCUCUAAAUCCAUUUGUCUUGCAAAUUUGUGUGUGCUUUUGCAAUAAAUAAGUUAUUUAAGUAUCUCUUUGUGAUAAAAUAUACAUUUGCGUAUUGUUGAAAGUCUAAACAAGAUUUAUGACAUUAAAAAUGGUGAUAAAAGUAGUGUAAAAAACGUUUGCUCCAUAUUGUUGAAGUUUUCAUCACAUUCGCCACUACUAGUGACGCAUGAAAUUAUUCUAUCAGCAGCACCAUUAUUCAUAUGAAACAAGGUGGUAAAUAAAUGGAUGCACAAAAAAUUAAAAGUAAUAAAUACAAUAAAAGAGUAAUUAAAUCAAAAACUAACAAUGGCGAUGCUGAAGUAUUUGUAUUACCCCCCGAUCUACUGCAAAAGUUAGGUAUUAAUUUGGGGACUGUCAAUUCAGAUCAACAACUUCCUUUGGAAACAUCUACUAAGAGAGAUUGUUUUGACCAAGACCAAAUCAAAAAUGCUCAGUCCAUGUUUUCGAGUAGUACGGAUCAAACAAUAUCGGAAACUGCAAGUUUAUUAAAAGAGUCCAUUCUUAUAACUGGAAGUCCCACUUUAGUCACUACGGAGUGUAAAAUUGCAGGAGAAAUCGAAAUAUCUAAUGGAGCUCUACAAGGAAAUAAUACAUCUAAAUUUGCCGCUAAUAGCGCUUUAAAUUUAGGAAAAGGUGAAAUAAAUGGAAAAUUAAUCCAUAAUUAUAAAUCCGAUACAUUACAUAAAGCUGAUAUACGAGAAUUAGAUGCUAUUAUUUCCGAUGAUAAAAUAUGUACCAAUACCGUUGUUGAAAAGAUAUCGUGCAUAGGGCCUUCUUCUUUUAAUAAAGCAGUUGCUGCUGUAGAAAAUCAUCUGGAAGAAGAUAAAGACGAAAAUAAAAAUUAUUAUGAAAUAACUGAUGAAAACAAAAAGUUAUUGAAGGAUAGAAUACGAAGCAUGGUUAUAAAUAAGUACACAAACGUUCAAGAGAUGGAUGUUAAAGAUAGUGUUAUACACAAAACCUUAAACGACUGCAUCGAAACUAGUAAACCAUUAAAACCAUUAAAUUGUUCCGAUGAUUUAUUGAACGAAUCAAAAGUUAAAUCUUUUAAGAUACCUUCUCCUGAUACAACAUCAAAAAUAAGUAUUAUAUCAGAGGAAAUAGUAGAUUCUUCAAAAUUGCGUGGCAUUAAAAGUUUGAAAGCUCAGGGUGUUGUUGAUUUAACUCCCAUCACCAUAAAAUCGGUUGUUACUGUAAAAAAAACUGAAAAUAUCAAGAAUGUUGAACGGAAAUUACAUACGAUCAAUACAGUCGGUGAUACGCCUAACUUAUCAUUAUCAUUGACAAAUGUAAAGAAUAGCGAAGACCCUGAAAAAUGUAAUCUAUAUAACAACGUUCUUGAUUCAGCUGUUAUAAAUCAAAAAAAUAUAGAUAACUUUUCAACAGAAGAGUACAUGCCCAAUGUAGGGCAACCCAAUUUUUCGGGUGACCAACAAAACAUUUCAGAAAAAGUUGAGCAUGAAUCAGAUGAUUUGAAUAGCUUAAAAAAUAACGAGUGCAGUGAAGCUUUAGCAGUAAAUAACAGACUUACAACAGAUGUAGAACAACAUGUAUUUACGACCAAGUCAAAGUUAUGUUUUCAAGGGGUAGAAAAACCAGGUGGAGAACAAGGAGAAAAUGAAAGUAAACAUUUAUCUAAAUUCGUGAAGACUUAUCAGAAAUGUAAAAGACUGACCAAACCUGUUAAAAAUAAUCCUAUAAAAAGUACAAAUCAAGCUCUAUGUGUUGCAUAUGAGAUAGAUACUGAAGAAAUAAAUAGUAAAGUUUCUCAAGAACAGUGUAUAUAUCCUGAAUAUUGUAUCUGUGAAGACUUUGGUAUACUAAAUUUUUAUGAUGACAUUAAGGAAUAUCAACAUAUGCAUUUCUGGAAAAGAGAUACUGCUUGUGUAAACGCAGAGUUAAUUUUUAGCAUCUAUGACGAUGAGUAUUGCAAUAAAUUUGGAGAUGUUGAUUUCUCUAGUUCUUAUAUUGAUACUGAAGAGAACAGUGAUAAUGUUUGUAUCAAUUUUUGCUGGAACGAAUACGGUGACAUGAAAAGCAAACUUGGUGAUUGUGACGGUUUUUAUGAACAAAUAAAUAUUAGUUACAAUUACGAACACACCAAGGAGCUCGGAAAGGAGAAUUGUGGACAAAAUGAUAAUGAGCGCAAACAGUCACCCUCUACUGAAAUACUUGCUAGUAAUAGUGACAAUAAAUCAUUAAAACAGAAAGAAUCGGACAUGUUAGAUAGCUUUGAGGUUUCUGGAGAUAUAAUGAAUGACGACAAUAUGGGUUUAUUAAAAAGUAUAACAGAUUAUAAGCUAUUGUUAACAAAUUCGGAUGGCCCUAAAACGGAGGAAUCUGCUAAAGAACUGUUAUCUAAAAAUAAUAAAGAUAGCUCCAGUGAUCAUCAAUAUGUCAGCGUAACUAAAGAAAUAGAAACACCAACGCCAAAGAGACGAAGAGGCAGACCGAGGAAACAAGUUGUCGAACCAAUAUCUGAUACAUGUGAAUCUAGAGAAGAUAAAGCCAAUAAAAAAGAAAUAAAUGAGGACAUUGUUGAUAGAACUCCCGUAGAUGAUAAUAAAACCUGUGUAGAAUCUUCGCCAAGGAGCAAGAGGGAUAGGAAGAGAGAUUCUGUUACGGCGUCGGAUACUGAACUCUCAAAGAGAGCUUCAAGUCUACGUACUCAAAAGGACGCUGUAGACAAUUCUGAACUUGACGCUGAAGAUGUGAUUAAAAAUAAUACAGGAUUAAAAAGAAAAAGAAGUAGUCACGAUCCGAUUACAACAAGUAUCGAUGAUUCUUUAAAUACGGAAAGUCCUAAGGAAUUGGUUCCUGUAAAUAGUAAUAAAGAAAUCUCCAGUGACUCACUCGUUGGCAACAUAGCUAAAGAUGUGGAUACACCGCCACCAAAACGAAAAAGGGGAAGACCAAGGAAAUAUUUCCCACUUGUACCCGACCCAUCUAAUAAAGACGAAAAUAAACUAGUUGAUGAAACGGCGACCACGACCGGUACUCCAGCUAAAGACCAAAACAUAACCAUUGAAGCGACACAAACAAGCAGAAAACGCAAUGGAAGUACAAAUGUAACUGCAGAAUUAUCAGAAAACCAAUGCAAUGAAGAUUCAGUGAGAACACCUAGAGAGUGCACUAAGCGUGUGAAUAGAUAUACAAGUUCACAUUCUACGACGGCAAGUAACGAAGACGAUAUCACACAAGACAUUUCCGAUGGUGACGAUAAUGAUGUACAGUGCGGAGUUUGUGAUGAAGCUGUUAAAUCGUCAACAUGGAUUCGUCACAUAGCCAAAGAACACGAUUAUUUAGCUUGGAGGAAAGGUUCAUCACCUUUGGACUUAGAUGACGAAUUAGAAGUAAAAAAUCAUUUGCAAAAUAUUUUGAAAGAUACGCAGGUGCUGAUUUGUUACAAAUGUGGAUUAAGAAGGAAAUACAUUACGUCAUAUCUCAAACACACAAAAAUAUGUGAUUCGACCGGUUUUCAGGAUUACGCUAAUGUGAGCACGGCCAGUCAGUUCAGUCAAGUUACUGAUCCAGACGCGUCUUUGGAGAUUAGUGAACUGAAUGUCAGUUUAAAGAACAGUCAGGAGGAGGUUCGGUGCGGAGUGUGCAGUAAAGAUAUGCAAGGAACUGACUGGAUACCUCAUAUACAAAGGGAACACAAUUACCUGGCUUGGGUAGAGGGACAAACUCCCUUGGAUGUGAAUGAUUCAGCGGAAGUACAAAAAUACUUAAUGGCUUUGGCUAAAAAACUUGGAGGAUUAACUUGUUACAAAUGCCGACUCGUUCGGAAGUAUGCGAAUAUUUAUUUACAACACGUUAAAUCUUGUGACGCGUUGGAAGUGGCGUCACCGGUUGAUACAACUCCGCUUAUUCCUUGCAGUGGCGGUAAUGUGCGAUGUGGCGUUUGUUUAGAAGAAGUUUUGUCUGAGGAUUGGAAACAACACGCAAUGAAAAAACAUUACAAUGUCGCCUGGAUUGCGGGCGAAACCCCUAUAGACGUGAAGAACUUUUAUGUAGUUGAAAGUUACCUGAAGGAGUACAAGAAUAAACAUAACAAUAAGUUGGCGUGUAGGGCUUGCGGCGUCACUAAAGUGUCCUUCUGUGGAUUUUAUGCACAUAUCAUACAAUGCGGCAAGUCAGAGGAGGAAUCUGACAAAUAUAAAGAGUUUUGUGAUAUUUGCAACAAAAAGUACUUAUGUAUAUAUAAAAGUCAGCACAUGACGAUGCACAGGGAAAAAGAAUACGCUAGAGAGAGAAAGUUAAAGUUAGCAGAACUGAAGAAACAAACGGAGCCAAGUGAGGACACAUCGGGGGAAACACCGGGCCGACGGAGAGCCGCUGAGAAGGCCAAAAUUGUUAUCGCAAAAUAUAAAGAUGAGUUCAAAUCAAAUACUAAAAAAGGGGAUACAGAUUUCACAAAUGGAUAUUCGAGUGAUUCAGAUGUGUCGGUUAAACUGGAACAGUAUACCGACGACGAGUCCGAAGACACCGACGAGAAUUCCAACAUAUCUGAGGAGGAACAACAAGACAUAGAAAGGAAAAAGAAACGUGUCGCGGAGUCAAGUGCCCCCACUAUUACGCGAAUACCCUUCCCUAUAAAGAAUGUAAAGGCAUAUAUUCACGAAAGCUUUGAAGAUUUUUGUAACAAUCAUUUAACUAAGGAAAGAUUGUUUCCUGAUUGGGUCCGUUGUAACUAUCAAAUACUUAGUGAUGAUGAUGUGAAUAAAUAUAUGCCAAUUAUGGAGGAAUCUUGUAAAGUUAAUGUGGCACAAGAAGGCUGGACAUCAUAUAAGCGUUUCGAGGCUAAAAAAAAACAAGAUUGCAUAUCAUUGUUUGUCGGUGCGAGCAUACAGUGCCUGGCUUGGGUUCCAGCUCACUUAGAGGACAACACUGGCGACACCGGAAACUUUUUGUCCGUGGCGUGCCAUUCCGGUACGGACAGUCCUCGGUUCAACUGUGACGAAGCACCGGAACAUUCGAACUUAUUGCAAAUUUGGAAUUUCGGUGAUUUGCAAAAUUCGAUGCCAACAUUGGCGCUCGCCCUCGCUCACGACUACGGAACAAUUUGGGCGAUGGACUGGUGUCCGUCGGGCGCGCGGGAUCUUAUCAAAGAUGAAAACAAUGCUCAUUCACAAAAAAGACUUGGAUUAUUAGCAAUAGCCUGUUCAAAUGGUACAGCAUAUAUUUUCUCCGUACCUUUUCCUUCGACAAUAGUCAAGGAUAAUCGAUUAUUUUACAAAAUAAAACCAGUAGCGGAACUUAGAUUAUCGUCGAUUGUUGGAACAGAAAAAAAGUAUCAAGCGACUUCGUUGCGGUGGUCGUUGCAAAAAGGACACAACAUCAUUAUGGUGGGAUAUUCGGAGGGCACGGUGGCGUAUUACGAUUUGAGUAAUGAAUCACCGUUUUUAGUGACGAAUGAAAACGGUAUCACAGUUAUAAAUCCAUUUUACGACGAACGAAGCCAUAACUCUUGCGUGACAGGCGUUGAUUUAUAUGCGGGCGGUGACACAUAUUGGCGCGGCGGCGUGGCGUCGAGCGCGUCGCCGAGCGGAGCUCGCGUGGUCACGGGUGCGCCGGCGCGCGGCUCCGCACUGCUCUCCGCGCUUGCCUGCGCAGGCGCAUACUUUUUACCCCAUUGGCCUUCUGCUGUCCUCACCGCCGUUAACUCCAAAGUGAAUCAGACAGUGAACGAGGUGGAGUGGCAGAGCGCGGGCGGGUCGCGCGGCGGCUGGCGCAGCGGGCGGCGCGUGGGCGGCGUGCGCGCGCGCGCGGCGUGCGCGCGGUGCGGCGCGCUGGGCGCGGCGGCCGACCCGCUGCUCUGCGUGCUGCGCGCGCAUCCCGCGCUGCAACACAUCACCAAGCACGUUGCUGCGAUUAUAGAAAUGGCGCCGCUUGCGCAGAAGAGAAAACAAACUAAUGAUGAACUGGCAAUGAAAUUAGAGCCUCUCACGUACGAAGAUGCCGUGCAGAAAUACGGCAUAGAGUUUGAACUGAUGCCGAGAAAAGAUAAGGCUUACCAGCAGAAGGUAUUGUCUACUCCCAUGCUGCAUUACCCAGAACGUUUCCCUCUGGCGGAAAUUACUUCAAUGUCAUUUUGUACCGCCGUCGCACACCACAACACUCUGGCAGUCGCCACUCACGCUGGCAUUAUAUUCCUUAUAAACGUAUAGGCUGAUAUAUAAUAUAGGAUCGGUGGGGUAAGUUCGGAUCGAAGGGUAAGACCGAUGUUCAAAAUGGGAGCUGAAGUAACUAAAACUAAUUCAGUGGCAAAAAGCUGUUACAUUAAUGGCACUUAAGACGGUUGUCUGUGUUAAGAAAUGUUAUUGUACUUAGCAGCAAUUUGAAUCAACGGUCAUACCUCGUAAUCCGACUUUACCCCCACCGAACUCUUUUACAGUGAUUUUGAACGUACUUCAUGUCAAUAUUAGUGUGUAUUAGCAUUUAAUGAGUAAGUUAUAUUAUUUGAGGCAAGAUCAUAGAUCGUUCGUACUAUUUACUGCCAUUUUCAAUAAAGGACCCCGACCGCCCUUCUCGAAAAUGGUCCAAUUAGAGCAAAGUUUCCUUGACGUGCUUACAAAAUGUGAAUUAUUUGGAUUGGUUUAUUCUCAGGAUCAGAUCAAGCAUUAAUAUUGGGAUUAUUUAUUGAAAACGGCCGUAAAGUAAUAAUUGGCUAUCUCCAGAUCGAUCUCGAAAAUAAGCUAAUGAAAAUAGGUUGUAUUUGAACGUGUGGGUUAAAGUUUGUUCUGAUUGGUUUGUUUCCGAAGUCGAUCUGGAAAUAUACUUGAUAAAAAAAAUAAGUUAUUUUGGCUGUUUGUAAUCUUACAUCGAUUUUGUCUACGGAUAUUUUAUGUCAUUGAUUUUAUAUAAACUACGUGCUCUGAGCAUAAGAUAUUUAAAAAAGUAUGUCUAUAUAAACUUUAUAUAAAGUUUUAAUAAUCCGUACACGAAGUUCAUUUGCGUUAUAUUAUUAUAGUAAUAGAAUUGUUGUACAUAAAUUUAAGCUUUAUAAUAAAGUACAUAGGAUACGUGUGAUUAAUCGAGAAACGUUUAGCACACGAAAUUAAAUAAUGACUCCAAUCUGUAGGUAUAUCCUGAAAACAAAUUUAAUCGAUUACCGCAAUCGAUUAGACGAUCUCAAAGAUCGUUAAAUUAUUUCGGUCUUUUAAGGGGAUAAGUGGCCGUCAAUAAUGAACAUCAUAUAAUUGUUUGAUAAUACAUACAGCGCACUCAUAACAUUGAUGGAAUCUCCAGAAAAGUUAUCGAAUACUAUACCAUUGCCGUAAUAUUUGGUACCACGUUAAUCGGCAAAAGAAGACCCGUUAACAAUUUGGCGAGUUAUUGACUCAUAGCCCACCGAUGCAAAAAAGUUUCGGAAAACUUCUUGUAUAUUGUUUAGAUUAUAUGCCGCAUUUAUAUUAAAACGCAAAUUAUACUACUGACGGCAUAGUUGCUAUGCGAAUAAUAAUAAUAUAGCUAUUGUGACCUUGUAUUUGUAGUUCGUUGCUUGAUAUUUUUAUGUGAUUG